GAAUGCAUAAAGUUUCUGAAGUUGUGCUCUCACAUGAUGCGUACAUGGUGUGUAUGCAGCAUGUGCAUACCACUGAUGGAGAGGAGGUUAUGGGGCUGCUAGUGGGAAGCUACAUCCAAUCAGAGAGUGAUGAAGAAAAGGAUGAGCAGAAUGUGACGUGUGAUGUCACCCAUGCUGUCAUUCUGCGCAGGUCGGACAAGAGAAAAGACCGUGUAGAAAUCCCUCCUGAGAUGCUCAUCCAAGCUCAGCAGAAAGCUGAAGAGAUAAGCAAAACCAGCAAGACAAGCGUCAACAUAGUUGGAUGGUAUCAUUCCCACCCGAAGAUUACCGUGGCACCUUCUGCUGUAGACCUGCAAACACAAAUGGGUUAUCAGCAAAUGGACCACCGUUUUGUUGGGGUCAUAUUCUCUGUCUUCAACAAGCAAGAAGCCAGCAAAAUCGGCAAGGUAGUUAUUGGAGGCUUCCAGGCAGCGGAGUCCCCGCACGGAGGAGAUUGUGAGCGCAUCGACUUGCCCGUCACCAUCCGGCCUGGAGGUGGCGUCUUCCCUCACAAUCAAGAGGUGAGGUAUGGCGUCUUCCCUCACAAUCAAGAGGUGAGGAAUAUAUCUGUCUCUUAUACACAUCUAGAUGUCACUCAGAUGCUGACUAGCACUCAGAUGCUCACUAGCACUCAGAUGCCCACUAGCACUCAGAUGCUCACUAGCACUCAGAUGCUCGCUAGCACUCAGAUGCUGACUAGCACUCAGAUGCUCACUAGCACUCAGAUGCUCACUAGCACUCAGAUGCUCACUAGCACUCAGAUGCCCACUAGCACUCAGAUGCCCACUAGCACUCAGAUGCUCACUAGCACUCAGAUGCUCACUAGCACUCAGAUGCUCACUAGCACUCAGAUGCUCACUAGCAUUCCACCCAAUAGUUGCGGCUAA